CAUGUGGCAGAUGCAGAAGUAGAUGAAGCUACUUUAGUGGACACUCCCCGAGUGGGUGGACGAAAGUCAUCAACACAGCACGGGUCUGCUCUCACGUCUGAACCUUGGUGACACAGAAGGAGUCUAUAUACCAGUUUAUGAUACUUUAUUUGCUGCGUCUGUAAUACUGUUGUGUUAAGAGGUGAUGCUGGGAGUGGCUGGAAUGACGGGCAGCAUUGCUAAUGCUCUGGCCAGUGCAGCCUGUGAAAGGUGUAAGAGUGGAUUUGCUCCGACUGAGAAGAUUGUCAAUAGCAAUGGAGAGCUGUACCAUGAACAGUGCUUUGUGUGUGCUCAGUGCUUUCAGCAGUUUCCAGAUGGACUGUUCUAUGAGUUUGAAGGAAGAAAAUAUUGUGAACAUGACUUCCAGAUGCUCUUUGCUCCUUGCUGUCACCAGUGCGGGGAGUUCAUUAUUGGUCGUGUCAUUAAGGCCAUGAACAAUAGUUGGCACCCUGACUGCUUCUGCUGUGACAUUUGCCAGGCUGUGCUUGCGGAUGUGGGGUUUGUCAAAAACGCUGGCAGGCACCUGUGUCGUCCAUGCCAUAACCGUGAGAAAGCUCGUGGCCUGGGCAAAUAUAUCUGCCAGAAGUGCCAUGCCAUGAUUGAAGAGCAGCCACUGAUUUUUAAGAAUGACCCCUAUCACCCAGACCACUUCAACUGCAACAACUGUGGGAAAGAAUUGACUGCUGAAGCCAGAGAACUGAAAGGAGAGCUCUUCUGUUUGCCCUGCCACGACAAGAUGGGUGUACCAAUCUGUGGUGCCUGCAGGAGACCCAUCGAGGGACGUGUUGUCAAUGCCAUGGGCAAGCAGUGGCACGUGGAGCAUUUUGUGUGUGCCAAAUGUGAGAAGCCUUUCCUCGGUCAUCGUCAUUAUGAGAGGAAGGGGUUGGCCUACUGUGAGACCCAUUAUAACCAGCUCUUUGGCGAUGUGUGCUAUCACUGCAACCGUGUGAUUGAAGGUGAUGUUGUGUCUGCUCUCAACAAGGCCUGGUGUGUCAGUUGCUUCUCAUGCUCCACCUGCAACACAAAACUCACUCUCAAAAACAAGUUUGUUGAGUUUGACAUGAAGCCUGUUUGUAAAAAGUGCUACGAGAAGUUUCCUCUGGAGCUCAAGAAAAGGCUCAAGAAGCUGGCUGAGUCCUUGGGAAGCAAGUGAGCUCUCUUAGGCCAAACAACCUGGAAGUAAUAAACUCCAGCUAUGUCUGUGAUGGUCAAAUAUAUUGGUAACUUGUUGCCUUACGAAGUGAGAGGUUUACAUCAAUAUUAAAAAUGUAAAUCUGGGAUCCAUUUAAACAUAUAAGCAUAAAUACCACUGUGGUUUUGUCAUAAA